AUGGCAGGAAUACCCCGGGCAACGCCAGCGCCAGCUGUGAAUAAAAGAAUAAACACCAUGAGACCUCCACCAAGACCAUCAAGUUCUUUAGCAGGACCAAGACCUUCUACCUCUAGAUCAAGUUCAGCAAUGCCACCGCCGUCGAGAUCUGGAGCAGUCUCGCCAACAGGAUCAGUCGUAUCUGUUGCUACAUCUACUACGGGAACGAAAAGAAAAGAAAGAGAUUUUGAACAUGAAGGAGGCGGAGAGACAAAUAUCAAUGUUGUGGUACGAUGUAGGGGUCGAAAUGAGCGCGAAGUCAAGGAAAACAGCGGUGUUGUACUCUCAACAGAAGGAGUAAAGGGCAAGAAUCUCGAUUUAUCAAUGGGACCCAGCGCUCUCAGUAACAAGAGUUACCAUUUCGACAAGGUGUUUUCAUCUGCAGCAGAUCAAGCCAUGAUUUUCGACGAUGUUGUGACUCCAAUUCUUGAUGAGAUGCUUGCGGGAUACAAUUGUACGAUAUUCGCAUAUGGCCAAACUGGUACUGGAAAAACAUAUACGAUGUCCGGAGAUAUGAGCGAUCAUUUGGGGAUCCUUUCAGAUAAUGCUGGAAUCAUACCUCGCGCCCUUCACGCUUUGUUCAACAAACUCGAAUUAAAUGACGCGGAAUCUUCGGUGAAGUGUUCAUUCAUCGAACUUUACAAUGAAGAGCUACGCGAUUUGAUAGCUGUCAACGAUAGCACAAAGCUCAAGAUCUACGACGACAACAGCAAAAAAGGAAGUACUACAACAUUAGUUCAGGGUAUGGAGGAAUCUUAUAUUAAGACCGCUAGAGAUGGUGUGAAGAUUCUGCAGGAUGGAUCAUUCAAAAGACAAGUCGCCUCAACCAAGUGUAACGACCUGAGUAGUAGAAGUCAUACGGUCUUUACAGUUACUGCCUAUAUCAAAAGGACAGCGGAAAAUGGAGAGGAAUACGUUAGCGCUGGCAAGCUGAACUUGGUUGAUUUGGCAGGAAGUGAAAACAUUCAACGCAGUGGUGCCGAGAACAAAAGAGCUGCUGAAGCUGGUUUGAUCAACAAGAGUUUAUUGACUCUUGGUCGUGUGAUCAAUGCCCUGGUGGAUCGAAGUUCUCGUGAUGUUCACAUUCCUUACCGUGAAUCGAAACUCACACGUCUUCUUCAAGAUUCUCUCGGUGGCCGAACGAAAACGUGCAUUAUUGCAACAGUUUCUCCUGCCAAAAGUAAUUUGGAGGAGACAAUUUCCACCUUGGAUUAUGCCUUCAGAGCCAAGAACAUUCGCAACAAACCUCAAGUCAACCAACAGGUUUCCAAAAACAUCCUCCUUAAAGAUUUUACAUAUGAAAUCCAAAAACUCAAGGGCGAACUUAUUGCCGCCCGACAGCGCAAUGGAGUCUAUCUUACCAAUGAGAAUUUUGAAGAAAUCCAAGUCGAGAGUGAAUCACGGAGAAUACUUAGUGAAGAACAAGCAGAGAAAAUCGAGACAAUGGAAACGAAUCUCCGCAACAAGGUCCAAGAAUUAUACACAAUAACUUCUAACUUCAUGACAAUGAAGAAAAAGGCUGAAGCUGCGGAAUCUGUCUUGGAUGAGACAAAGGGUGUCUUGGAACAAACAGAAUCAGUACUAGAAAAUACUCGUCGGACUUUGGAGGAAGAGUCUGUACUCCGAAAAGCUCACCAGAAGACCGAGGAACAACUCAGCAUUGUUGGUAGUGAGCUUCUUUCCACGCUGGGACGCACAGUGAACGAUGUUGGCGGUCUCCAUGACAAGAAUAGGCGAAAGUCGGCUCUUCAGACCCUGAACCGAAAUGCCUGGGGUCUCUCACAGGCUCAGGUCUCCGAGGUGACGAGCCUUGUAGAAUCACGGGUUGAGGAGUUCCGAGAAAAACAGCAGGAACUUAUGGCCGCCGUCUCGGGUCGGAUGCAAUCAUUUGUCGAUGGCGAACUGGAAAAAUUGGCGGCAACACAAGCAUUCCUAGAGGAGAAUGUUGUUGCUUUUGAAGCUUCUGGGAAGGAGGUGUCCGAGCAGACAGAUUCAGCCAAGGAAGAGAUGAAUGCAGUUCUUGAAGAGAUCAAAAUUCUUCGAGAGGAUGUCAAAGUCCGAGUAGGUGAAGGCCUCCAAGGCUUAGCAGUUGCGGCAGAAAGAAUUUCCGCAGAAGUGAUCAGUGAGCUUGGUGCUUUCCAUACCCAACUUCAUGGAUCAUACAGUUCACUAGGUCGAGAUUUCAAGUCACUUUUCGAAGACCUCCUCAAGCACGUCAAUGCACAGAAAGCCGAGGCAAACGAACUAAGACAACAACUUCAUGCCGCUGCUCAGGCCGCCAUGGAAUCGAAUACUGCCAUCAACUCCAAACUCGAUGAGGUAAUCCAAGAAGAACGACAGCAAGCCGCUGAAGAUCGCCAGAACCUGCUCUCACAGAUCUCGAGUUUAGUCAUGGCUCAGGGUGCAACUCAAGAUGCACGUCUCGGUGAGAAGAUCGCCGCCGUUCGAACAGACAUUCAAUCAUCAAAUGAAACUUUCGAAGUGACUCGGGUCAAGUACAGCGAAGGCAUGGAUGCGUGGAAUGAAAACGAAGAGAAACUUGUCGAGGAAGUCUUGAGGGUUAGGGAGACUUUGAAGACAAAGCUAAAGGAUGACUGGAUGGCUGCAAAUAAACACAAUGCUUCCAUUCAAACUACGACUCGAUCUGUACACGACGAGACCGUUCGUAUUGUCGAUGAACAAAUGAAGGAUAUCAGCACUCAAAUGCAAGCACUCGAUGACUUUGUCACUCGUGCACGAGCACAGAAUGCGGAGCAUCAUGACCUGCAUGCGAAAUCUCUUCAAGGUUUAUCAUCUACAGUUAAAUCUUCGUAUGACAGUAUCGGUGCACACUUCACAUCAACAUUUGGUCGUGUUAAGGAUCUCGGCGAUGAAAUGACAUCAAAGACAACAGCCUUAGUCGAGAACCUUACUCCAUUAGAUGACAAUCUUCGACAGCCACUUGCAGAUCUUCGUACCGCCAUUGCUAAGUCGACAAUGAAGGAGUACGAGCCAACAGGAGAGACUCCCCAGAAGGUUCAGUAUCAAUACACAAUGCAUCUGCCUCGGACAGAAGCACAUGAAACACUCCUGGCAGCUCUUCGGCGGCCACAAGCUAUGCAAUCACCUAGCAAAGUUGUUAUCCCAGUGGUUUACAACGAUUCUACCCCUACUGUAAAUGAAGAGGUAGCUUUUGUUCCUAUCGAAGAACCAGAAAAUAAGCCAACUGGACUUAGGGAGAUCGACGUGAACGUAAACGCCGGAACACUGAACUCGGAGAUCCAAAGCCUAAGCCAAAGCCUAAUGUCAAACGGCUCAGCUAGAUCCAUUGAUUCCGAUGGGUCCACUCCACCCUUCAAAAAGCAAGCAACGGGCAAGAUACCGAAGCCAAAGCUCUCAAAAAAACCUAGCGUGGUAGCUCUAGAAGGAAGAGAAAAUACGAUACCGGGGUCUGAGAUAUUCGCGCAGAGUACAGGAAGAAGACGGAGUCCAAGGACGGCAGGGUAA